AUGUCAGAGAAAGACGCUGCCUCAGUAUCUAUCGCAGUAACAGACUACCGAAUUCUUCGAUCAAAGUUCAUCCGCCAAGCAAUGGACGGGCUCAACGCCAGGUUCGACAUCCUCGUCCAAGCUGAGCCUCCAAUAUCCAACAUCUACACCCAGAUUCCUCAGCGUUGUCAUCGAACUUGCACACUGUCACCUCCCACUCUCUCGAUACUACCCACAUUCACCAAGCUUUAUACGUACCAAGGUGUCGGAAACGUCUCCUUCUCGUUCAAAAUGCAGUCCUCCCGCUUCCAGUCCAUCACCUCCCGCUUCUCUCCGAGCACACUCAGAACCACCUUCCGCCGCUCGUCAUCAGCAUCGUCCCGUGCCAGCAGCGACCGAGGCUCCUUUACUACCACGGCAUCGUCUCCCGUCAGCACAAUCAACAGCAUCGUCUUCCGUCAGCCCUCGAUGCUUGACCUCGAGGAAGAGCGCAAGAGCUUCGGAAGCGAGCUCAGCAUUCUUGAGCCACGCCCUGUUCUCUACUUUGGCAGCGUCGAGGAGCGUAUUGGAUCACUAUAA